AUGAAAUAUAGCAGUAUGCAAACGUAUAUUUUAACAAGGAAAUACGAAAAAGGCAAUAAUGUUACUUUAAAAAUUUCUACAUGUUCACCAAAAUAUCAAGAUAUAAUUUUUAAAAAAAUAAACUUCAGAAAUUAUAUGCUUUCCAGGUUUUGUCUUAUAUCUUUUCUAUCUCUUUUUUUUUUCUUUCUACAAGAUAUAUAUAAACUUUAUAUGAAUAUAAAUUUAGAUUUUCAAUUCAAGAAUGUUAAUUCAAGGAAAUUAGCAGAAUCAAAUAUAGAUAAAAAUUAUGACAAAAAUUAUAAAAAUUCAAAAGAAAAUGUAACUUCAGAUGAGAUGUUACAUUUAUGGAAAAAUCAUCGUAUAGAAGAAGAAAAGAAAUUAGUUCUCUUACUUGAAACAUUGAUGAAGGAUUUAUUAAGUAAAAAAAGCCAUUCUUUAGAUGAAAAAAAAAGAGAUGAAUUAUGGUUUAAAUUUAUCGAAGAUGUUAGAAAUGGUGUAAAAAAUACAGAUAAAAAAUUUAUCAAUGACUUACAUUUUAUUCUUCGUGACGGUGGGUGCACGUACGAAAAGUGCGUCGAUUUUAUACAGUAUGGAGUUCAUAUUUGGGGUGCCUUUAGAUAUGAAGUAAAAGAUCACUGGCAUAAUAAAUAUUUGAAUUCUGUAAAAUGA